GCUGCUCUGGGGCACUGAUGGAGCCCGGUUGGAUCUGAUGGGCGUCCCUGGUGGGGAGACUCAGCAGCAGCAGCAGCAGAGGCACUUUCCCUUGCUCUCAAUCACUCUCGCUUUUUUGCCAACGUGACCUGAAGAUGGGUCUGCUUUCCUGGGACCGGCUCUCCCGCGCUUCUCUCUUCUUCCCUGCCGCAGCUUCUUUUCCGCUGAAGCUGAUCCUUUUUCUCCCCUUGUUUGGUCCAUAAAACGCUUCGUUGCUCUCUGUUACUUCUUCUUUUCUGGCCCGUGUCCCGGGCCCUGCUCACCCUGACAGUUAGGUAGAAUUACACUUGCUACAUUCAUGCCCAGCCUUGAGUGUGCCCAGAGACGUUCAUCUGAACCAAGAGUUAAACAACUUUGAUUUUUUUUAGGAGAGAGUUACUUAAAAAGUAGCCGGAGAAGGGACGCUUUCUGCUGUCUUAAAUUAUCGACACUAAGUUGUGUCCUGGAACUGAUAGUGCGUUAGACACCGAGCAGGUGGUGGGGGCUGCAAGUCCUGAACCAUUCUGAUUGCUAGCCCAAUGGCAGCUGAAGUGAAGGUGUCUGGGCAGAAUCAGGAGCAGUUUCUGCUGCUGGCAAGAUCUGCCCGUGGAGCUGCUCUGGCCAGCCUCAUUCAUCAAGUGCUGGAAGCCCCCGGUAUUUAUGUUUUUGGAGAGCUGCUUGAUAUGCCAAAUGUUCAAGAGCUAGCUGAAAGUGAGUUCUCACCUAUUUUUCGCCUGCUUACAGUCUUUGCAUAUGGGACGUAUUCAGAUUACCUGGCUGAAGCUGGGAAUCUGCCUCCCUUGACAGAAGCUCAGAAGAACAAACUGCGCCACCUGUCUGUGGUCACCUUGGCUUCCAAGCUGAAGUGCAUCCCCUAUUCUGUACUGUUGGAGCAGCUCCAACUGAAGAAUGUGCGGCAACUGGAGGAUUUGGUGAUUGAGGCAGUGUAUGCCGAUGUUCUCCGAGGGAGCCUAGACCAGCGCAACCAGCGGUUAGAGGUGGAUUAUAGCAUUGGCCGGGACAUCCGCAGGGAGGAGCUCAGUAUCAUUACCCGCACGCUCCAAGAAUGGUGCCAGGGCUGCGAAGUUGUCCUUUCAAGCAUUGAAGAACAAGUUAGCCGAGCCAAUCAACACAAAGAGCAGCAGCUGGGCCUGAAGCAGCAGAUUGAGAGUGAGGUGGCAAAUCUGAAGAAGACAAUUAAGGUGACAACAGCAGCUGCAGCAGCAGCAACCUCCCAAGACCCUGAGCAGCAUUUGUCAGAACUCCGGGAGCCCGCACCGGGUACCAACCAGCGCCAGGCUAGCAAGAAGGCCUCCAAGGGCAAAGGGCUCCGAGGCAGUGCAAAGAUCUGGUCUAAAUCAAACUGACAGAACUGCUGGCUGGGGAGUUGAAACAGGUGUCCCACGUCUGGUGCUUUCUUCUUCAAUCCAGAUGUAUUUCUGUGCAACCUUGUCCCUGUGUAAAUGGUUCUGCCUUCCCAUUAUUUUCUUCUUGUGUUUCUUACAGCUCCUUUCCCCUUCUCCUCUCUGGUAAUUUUGUUUAUACCUUCUCUAUUUUGAACGCUACUUUUCCCCCCCUCUUCUCUCUCUCUCUCUCUCUCUCUCUCUCUCUCUCUCUCUCUCUCUCUCUCUCUCUCUCUCUCUCUCUCUCUCCCUCCCUCCCUCCCUCCCUCCCUCCCUCCCUCUCCCUCUCUCCUUACUUUUCUUUUCUUGAAUGCAUUUUUAAGGAGCCAUGAAAUGGCUGAUGUUUAAAUUACAUUUGCACCAACAGAUGGUUGUGGUAGCCUGUGUGGAAGCAAAUCUGGCAUCAAAUGGCCGCUUAAAUUCUCUGAAGAGAUUCUGGGACAUUUGCUCUGGGGCAUACAGUUUGACAUCUCGGUUUCCUGCUUUACUGGGAUCAGUGAAAGGGAGGAGUGUUUGUGUGAGUGUUUGAGUGGAUUGUUUUUAAAAAUAGUAUAAAUAUAUAAAGCAAAUAAAAAAGUACAGACUA